CAUUUUGCCUGGGAAAAUGAAAGAGCUCAGUCUCCAUGGCGACCCAGGUGGGCGGGGAGAAAGCAGCUCAAAAGAAAAAAAAAAAGCAACAACAAAAAACGUUGGCCAAAACUUUCCCAGCUCCAGGCUCAGAUGCGAGCCAGUCGAAUCCCCUUGUGGAGGGUCCUAAGACAUUGACUCUGCCCAACUUCCUCUGGGUAACCCACGAGGGGGCGCCUAGAACGGCCCGAGACCCCCUCCGACCGCCCCCUAGAUACCCAGGGGCUGCCCAGAUGGUUCCCGCGGCGGGUUCCGGCUUCAGCACCACGGCCAGAGCACUGGCGCGCAGGGAUUCCCCCCAGCCGGGGAGGCGGCUGAGUGAUGGAUAUUAGCGCCUGUGGUCUGCAAAAGUGCCAGUGGCUCUCUACAACCGCGUCCCCAACUCCCUGGCCCUACAGAAUCUGGAUAGCUGAUUCCGCGGGCUGGCGGGGGACCCAGAAGUUUGCAGAGCCUCCUAUUCAAACACGGCAGGGUAUCCCGACAGCUCUGCAAAAUUAAAAACCACUCCCCCACCGAAAGACCCCAACACCCGUUGAAACUUUCUGUCCAGUGCAGAUGGUGGGGAAAACUGCCUUUUAAAAACACAUACCCCUCCUAUCUGGGGCUCCUUACACCCAGGAGGGACGAGGGGUCAGUUUACAGUUAGGCCGAACCAGUCCUAAUUAAUUCUAAGGAGAACAGGCGAGCUGCAGGGGAAGGAAGCAAGCGGGAGUGUUAAUGAGGUGAGACCCCGUGGCCCUUUUCUCCGCGGGAGCUUCUGAGCACCGGCCUGCAUUUCCAAGGCUGCCGGCGCAGGGAGCUGGGAGACAGGAAAAGCACAAAGGAGCAAACGCAACCAUGGCCAAGUUGACAGAAUCCAUGACUAACGUCCUAGAGGGCGACUCCAUGGACCAGGACGUCGAGAGCCCCGUGGCCAUUCACCAGCCAAAGUUGCCUAAACAAGCCAGGGACGACCUGCCCAGACACAUCAGCCGAGACCGGACCAAGAGGAAGAUCCAGAGGUACGUGCGCAAGGACGGCAAGUGCAACGUCCACCAUGGCAACGUGAGGGAGACCUACCGCUACCUGACCGACAUCUUCACCACCUUAGUGGACCUCAAGUGGAGAUUCAACCUGCUGAUCUUCGUCAUGGUUUACACAGUGACCUGGCUCUUCUUCGGGAUGAUCUGGUGGCUAAUCGCUUACAUCCGAGGAGACAUGGACCACGUAGAGGACCCCUCGUGGACUCCCUGUGUCACCAACCUCAAUGGGUUCGUCUCUGCUUUUUUAUUCUCCAUAGAGACAGAAACCACCAUCGGCUAUGGCUACCGGGUCAUCACGGACAAGUGCCCCGAGGGGAUUAUCCUCCUCUUGAUCCAAUCCGUGCUGGGCUCCAUCGUCAAUGCGUUCAUGGUGGGCUGCAUGUUUGUGAAAAUAUCACAACCCAAGAAGAGGGCAGAGACCCUGGUCUUUUCCACCCAUGCAGUGAUCUCCAUGCGGGAUGGGAAGCUGUGCCUGAUGUUCCGCGUCGGCGACCUCAGGAAUUCCCACAUCGUGGAGGCCUCCAUCAGGGCCAAACUGAUCAAAUCCAAACAGACCUCGGAGGGGGAGUUCAUCCCUCUGAACCAGACAGACAUCAACGUGGGCUAUUACACCGGAGACGACCGGCUGUUUCUGGUGUCACCGCUCAUCAUCAGCCACGAAAUUAACCAGCAGAGCCCUUUCUGGGAGAUCUCCAAGGCCCAGCUGCCCAAAGAGGAACUGGAAAUCGUGGUCAUCCUCGAGGGAAUGGUGGAAGCCACAGGUAUGACCUGCCAGGCGCGCAGCUCCUACAUCACCAGUGAGAUCCUCUGGGGCUACCGCUUCACGCCCGUGCUCACGCUGGAGGACGGCUUCUACGAGGUGGACUACAACAGCUUCCACGAGACCUACGAGACCAGCACCCCCUCCCUCAGUGCCAAAGAGCUGGCCGAGCUGGCCAGCAGGGCCGAGCUGCCCCUGAGCUGGUCCGUGUCCAGCAAGCUCAACCAGCACGCGGAACUGGAGACGGAGGAGGAGGAGAAGAACCUGGAGGAGCAGACGGAGAGGAAUGGUGAUGUGGCCAACCUAGAGAACGAAUCCAAAGUGUAACCCCACCACCACCCCCCCACCACCACCUUCCCCCGCACUGGACAACUCCGUCUCCUCUCUCCCGUCCUCGCAUCCUCCUCUCUGUCUCUUCUAACUCCGCUCUUUUCUUUGUUUCUCUUUCAUCUCGGCAUCCUCAGAAAACAGGUCUCCAAGGUGUAAAAUCCCUACCUGCCCUGGCUCAGUUUCUUUGGAUUGACAAGGUAGACGCGGAUUCGGUUACGGUGUCCACGCUGGUUGGUCUUCCUAAACACCACCUGCCCAACUCCUAGAGAUUUUUAGCUUCUGUUGUCCAGUACCAGAUUAUUCAAGAGGGCGUGUGUGAGAUUCGACUCGGGACAAGAUAUGUGCGGUCUCUGGUUCUUAUUCACUAAGCUCUGAGACACCGAGCCAGCCUCUCGCUGGUCUGCAUCCUGGUGAAUCUCACGCCCAGGGCCAGGUGCAAACACGAGUGCAAGCCUGAAGCAGGCAGUGCACUUCUAGCCCAGGUGAGCUGAAGGUAACACCCUGUACAUAUCUAUGCCUUACAUCCCUUUUUUUUUUCUGCAGUUAAUAAAAUCCAGCAUGUACAAAAAAAAAAAAAAGACUGUAGAACAGAACUUCUAAAUAUUGUACAUAGGUGUAUCAUUCAUAUAGGUUUAGAUACAUACCUUUAGAAAUAAGAAGCAAAAAAAAAAAUAAAAAUAAACCCGUCCCCAUAUGCAGUAGGCAUUUCUGUUCUGAUGUUUCCGUGUUGCUGUCUCUCCGUUCCCGCUGGCCCCUGGAUGCAUGGCCUUCAUUCCGUGUUUUUACCCAACAGCCCUUCUGGAACCUCACUGUUCCCUGCCGACCCUUCCCUCGAUCUAAUAAGCCAUCGUCUGGGAGAAGUUGGGGACGGGGGUCCAGGAGAUGGCAAAACCCACCACCCACACGCUGAUAAACUGGGAAAUGUUUACACACUGAGGUUCCUACAGCCAGGACCUCACUGCCUAAGUGGGAGCGAAUUCCCAGAGUGGGCAACUCUGGCGUGUCACCCAGGAGGCUUAUGCUCCCCUCUAUAGAACGGUAGUGUGGGGUCGGAGCAAUAGCUCAGCGGGUAGGGCAUUUGCCUUGCACACGGUCAACCCGAAUUCGAUCCCCGGCAUCCCAUAGGGUCCCCCGAGCACCGCCAGGAGUAAUUCCUGAGUGCAGAACCAGGAGGAACCCCUGAGCAUCGCUGGGUGUGACCCAAAUAAAGCAAAAGAAAAGAAAAGAAAGAACAGUAGCGUGGCCAGCUGUCCCGCAAGGCCUGUGCUUCUCCUGGUCUUCUGCUCUAUAAUCCCAGAUAUGCCCAGUGUCGAAAGGGGGCAGGGUACGUGAACAGAAGCUGACGGGAACCUAAGGCCAUAUAUUCAGGAAGGCCAGAAGCGACUGACUCCUUUGCCCGGCUCUUCCUGACCCUGAGGGCUAAUCCAUCCACACUGCUUGCAUUAGCAUUUAUUCUUAUUUCUUUCUUGUGCUGUUCAGAAAUGGUCGAGGGUUUUUUUUGUUUUUGUUUUUGUUUUUGUACUUAAACCGGCAAUCUUGGUGGCCAUCAAAGAAAUCUCCCUCAGAGAAUGCCACAGGUUAGGCAGCCAAUCAAAUCCAAAGUGUCUCUCAGUCAAAGGAAAACAAACAUCUACAGCCUUAAUUCACUUUAAUUUGAAAAAAUAAUAAUAAUAAUGUGGGAAGAAAGGAAGGAAGGAAGGAAGGAAGGAAGGAAGGAAGGAAGGAAGGAAGGAAGGAAGGAAGGAAGGAAGGAAGGAAGGAAGGAAGGGCAUUUUGUAUCGAAAAGGUAAAUUUUAACAUGAAAAAUAAAUCCAAAUGUAAAAUCAAGAAAACAUGAAGGAUCUUAGCCAAAACGUCGAGGGCAGGUGGAGAUUUUGCACUGUCUCAGCUCUUUCCCUUACUUUUACAUUAUAAGCUGCUUGUUCCCUGGCAUCGUCCCUCAUCAUAAAAACUCGCUGACUGCUCCGGGCUCCUUCCCACCCCCUCACCCCAGCUCUGCUCAGUUUGAGACUUGAAAGCUCUCAAACUAGCUCCCCUGCCCAGUGUCCUUCCUUGCCUGCCCUGUCCCCAGGGGAGAGGUCUCUUCUGUUUGGGGAUCUUGUCUGCUGAAGGGCGUGUCCCCGAGAGACAAAGAAAGUGGCUCUGCUAUUCCUCCUGGUGGGGGGUCUCUCUUCCUCUCCUCCCUGAGACUUCAUCAUCGGGAGAACUGCUUCUUGGCACAGAAACAAAACUGUGUGUUGGUCCGAGCCCUUUCCUGUCUGCCAACAUCUCACUUUUUUGCAUUGAGCAUCUGUUGGAUCGUUUCUUCAUUCCGCAUACUCUAAGGAGGAGGUCGUGGUGGGUCGGGAGGAGGAAGCCCCCCUCGGGGCGGUGGGAGGGACCGUGGCCUUACCUUGCUGUAGCCUUAUGGAGGGGGCGUCUAACCCGGGGUAGCAGUGCCCGCCUCCCUCCCACAAGGCGAGGCAGGGCUGGGAAGCCUGCUGAGUUGGCUCCUGAGGGUGCGUUGGGCCCGCUCGGAAUCCAUGACUGAGGCUCAAAAAGCAACAAGUCCUGUUGUUCGGUUAAGAGCAAAGCCCCGGACCUUUAGCACAACCAAGCGGGGUGGGGUCUCCGACACACAUCAGUUCUCCACCCCUUGGCUGUGGAGUCUCUCCCAGCAUCUCGCUGUCUUUGGCAUCUGAGUGUUGGAGACAGAAAAUGAACCAAAUCUCGUUUUUUGUAAUGUGAGCCUCUGAAUCUUUAAAGGAGGAUCAGAACCUUUUGCUAGAAUGUCCCUAUCGAACAUGUCUAUUUUUCUACCGUUCUUGAUAACACAAUUUAGCAGUGUAUUUUGUGUCAACUGUUAACAUUUGGAAAUGAAAGGAGAGCGUGAAGACUGGACUCUCUGAGCAGCCGGGAUUGAACGGUGAUUUUCGCGAAGAUUGUUCGACCGAGAGGACCCCACAGUUUCUCCUCCACGCCAUCCAGCCCUCCCUCCCUCAGUCUCUUCGCUCGCAGAGUGCUAGGAAACUAAAUGAGCCUAUUCCUAUGCCACAGGACCAGUCACUGGGGAUGGUCACGCUCAACUUCCUGUUUUGAAUCCAACACGGCGAGAACCGUUUAGCCAGAAAAAAAAAAAAAAAACUUUGACCGGAAGGUUUAUGGUUUGCCACAGUUGACCCCAGUCUGGUUGGUUGUGGUUGUGGUCGUGUCUAAAGGACAUUUAUUGGAAGCAUGACCUCCCCAAGGGCUGCUGAGACCCUUAGAUUCUCGUCCCUAGCCACCUCCACGUGCCGCCCCCGUGGAAGGACACCUCUGUGUUUCUAAACCAACUUGAUGUAACCAAUAAAAGUGUUUAUGUUCCGGUCAUCCCAAAGCCACAC